CGGAAGAGUCUGUACACAUUUAGUGGUUGGGGAGAUCGCCGGUCCCUUGCGGAGUGUCAAAUAUCUCGUUCGGUGUUAUCUCGACGGGUCUGAUACCUGGUGACGUGCAAUCAGUCCGGGCGAUCGUGUCAAUCGCGAUCGUCGUAGUGGCACGGCGUAGCGAACCGGCGUCGGUCUAGACGCGAGAGAAAAGCCGGUACGGGAGCAGUGACGGAGAAAGCGUUUCGAUAUAUAGGGAAAUCGAGGGAAUCGGAGAAAACGAGAAAGAGGAGGAGAGACGUUCGCGUGUGUGUUGUCGUCGGCGACGAAUGCACGGGUUUUCGUCGGGAGUUGAAGUGAAGGGGGACAUCGGUUGCGACGGAUACGCGCACGGAUCUCCGGAAGAGAUAGAAAUAGAGAAUCGAAUUUAAAGAGGCGAGGAGUCUCGUAGGGGGAGCGUGGUAGUAAUACGACGAAAGGAAAGGACGACGACGCGGAGAGGCGUAGUAAUACGAAUGAACCGCGCAGACGACGCUACGCGACUCGAGCCGGCAUUUUGACGUUGCGUCUCCCCGCCCCCCCUCCGCCGUGUGAUGGAUACUGUCGCGAGCAAGCCGUGCACGCGACGCCAGCAGACAGAACGUCGAGCCGCACGAGUGACGUCGUCGCAGUGAGUUUGCUCCAGCCGCGUGUUUCACCGGUGACAGUAGCAGAGCGGUAGCCGGGACAUUAACAGCAGCACCGGCAACGAAAGCGAUAGCUCACCCUCGCUCCUCGUAAGGGAGCGAGAGAGAGCGAGCUUUUCGACGCGUAGUGCGCGCGCGUUCGCGGAAGCCGGAACGAACCGGGAACGGACUGCUCCGGGAAGUGUGCGGCUGUAUCGCACCAACCGGGCCCUUUAAUCGUUCCUCCCCGUGCGUUAUCGCCGCGUUUUCUCGCCGAGGAGGGGGAGCGAGCCUCUCUCUCUCUCCGAUGAUACGCACGUGCGCUCGCCGCUACCUGCUACGUUCACGUACGUGCGUACGCACGAGUAGUAAUCGUCGCGAGUUGUACGCGCGAGCGCGUCCACGUUCGCCGCGCGUUCAGUGAAUCCGUUUGUUUUGUCGCGUUGUUUCGUCCCGUAAAACGUACAAGAGUGAGUGGCGCCCGGUCGGUCGAUCUUCGCCGGCGCGACCGCCGCGUUGAUACGCGACAUUAUAGCGUGAGAGUGCCGGAGCCGGAGGGCCGUCGCGAGGGACUUAGCCGCGCGUAGCCAUGGAUAUCCUGCCGAGCGGUAAUAUAUUUCGGGAGCUGCAGGACAUACACGACACCGGAUACUUCUCGGCUCAACCAUCGCUCGAGGAUCAUUGGCAACAGACAUGCUACGAGAUGGAGAGGUACCUGAAGGACGAGCCGAAGUUGCAGUCGUACAAAAAACUCCCCACGGAACUGGACACAACGCCCUGGAACCUCUUCAGGGCGCCGCCGAUUUCGUGGACGGCUUCCACCGGGACGAGUGCACAAUUCGAUCCCCCAAUCAAAAUGGAGGUGACGACAACGGACGAAAGAGAUCCCCUCUGUCUGGACGACAUCAAAUUCAGUCCCGGCGAUCAUAAUGACAAUGGCCGCGAUAGGGAUCUUCUCGAUCGUCACCUCGAUUCCCUGUCGAUGUCAUCGUCGAGUUCGGCGUGUUCCGCGCUGUCCUGGGACAGCUCACCCUCCCUCUCGUGCACAGCGCUCAUUCUCAAAAAAGAGCCCAGCGAGGAUCUCGAAGAGGAUGAGGAACACGAGGAGAUCGAGGAGGAUGAGGAUAGCGGGUGCGAAAGCGAAGGUCAGAUCCUGACGCCGCCGCCGAGUCCUGGGUCGGGUCAAGGUCAUUCCAACUCCAGUCACUCGUCGAGUGGGAGUUCGAUGCUCGACGUGCACAACCUCAACCUUCACGGCACGGGUGGCAGGAGCGCUAUCGUCAGGGUCACCACCAGCAAUGCGCAGGGUGUCGCAAGACUGAUCUCCGUCACGGCGAACGGCUUCCCUGCGGUCGCCGGCACGCAACACGCGCACGCGGGUGCAACCGCGGCCGCGACCACCGUGGCCAACAGGCACCACGCGAGGAGCAACGAGCACAGUCCGCCCGACACGAAGCGCAGGCUACACAAAUGCCAGUUCCCCGGAUGCAAGAAGGAGUAUACCAAGAGCUCGCAUCUGAAGGCUCAUCAAAGGACGCACACGGGUGAGUGA